AUGAAAACAUUUAAAAUGCGUGUGAACCAAUGGACGCACAACAAACGCACAGCGAUGGAAAUGCAGAAGAGCAGUCACAUAUCAGGCCGUUCAAGGUCGUGGAGGCGAAUUGGCGCGAGUCUCCCAUAAUAUAUCUACAAACUAUUGUACGUGGGCGAAGCGAAAAAGACUACAACUACAUCAUACUUCAGUUCAUAGGCUACCAAAUUGGUAGACUGAGUGUCGGCGAGACUAUUAUUUUUAGGCGAACUAAAGGGAUUCACGAUAACAGGUCUUAGAUUUUGGCGCGAAACCUGUUUAUUAUUUAUUCGGCACCAUAGAUGAUGUCAGUUCGUGAUGAAAACCCCAAAUCUAAUUCCUGACGCUAAUUAUAUCCAACUUAUAAUACUAAAAGCUACAACGCUUCCGAGAUUAGCUCAAAUUUGAAAUUUGUAUCACCGGAAUGCAGCUGGUGUUCCAGAUAAUUCGCUAUGCACAGGCAGACAUCCGUCUCGUAGCGGUGUCGUCGUCCACCUGACGGAUAGUCCUGUCGUACGAGAUAUUUAGGUAAGAGUACAGAGUAAUGAGUCGCGUCAGUUCUGAACAUUCUUGAAUAGGUAACCAGAAGAAAUAGCCAGAAAAGAGAUUAGUACGAAUAUAAUAAAUGGUAAGACUCAAGGAGCCGUAGUGCUGUUGGCGGUGAACACGCAGUUUGGAUAUUCUGGUUACAUAGACAGACUAUAUUUAUUUCACACUUGGAUAAUUUGCGUUAGUGGUAGUCUUGCUUAACACAGAACGUAACUGGGAUGUUCAUAAGGUAGCCACAUGCAACAUUUCGCGUGUAGUCAUCCGUUUUAACUUCAUCAGGGAAAGGGAAACCAGUAUAUGAUAAACUACUAUGCCACGGAGCUUAUGUUAGAUGUAACGACUGCCUCAGGGUAACGAGGCAUAUAGGGCUCGGAAAUUAAACUGAAUUAAGGAUUUCAUCAUGAACAUCCUGCAACAUUAACGUGAGAAUCCUAAAGUUGAUAUCCUGGCGUGAUAAAUUAUUCACUAGUAUUUGCUGUCUCUUGGUUGGCUGGGAUAAAGCAAGAGCUCAGGUUCGUCUGGCUAUUUAGUAUUUGACUCGGCAGUGUUAUUUGAAGAUCUAGUUUUUGUAACCCGUUCUCACAUUCUUAUGAAGCCGGUGCUUUGGAUUGUUGGUAGUCAAUAUCGUCCCCGUAAGAUUUUGGUAAAGUCAGCAGUACACUUUCACUGUCAAAUCUUGAUUCCUCAAUAAUUGGUCUUAAUGCUCUUCAAAUUGUGUCCAUGUUACGAGAGUUUUGUAUCCUUCAGGUGAGAGUCAUUAUCGUCUAUAAGACAGGCUCAAAGCGAGCUAUCAGCUCAGAAACACUUUGAAGUAUCCGCUCACAUCAGGGUAUUAAGUGUUGCAGCAAAAUUACACCAAUUGUAUUCUUAAAGUGGAAUAGUUUACUAAGGAUUGUUAGAUAGAAAAGCAUGUUUUGAUGCCAUUGGUGUGAAUCUGAUACGUAGUAGUGGCUCGAAAUAUGCAUAUCACGGAGUUCCCCGACAUUUUGCUAAGUUUCUCAACGAUAUAAUUGAUACUUAUUACCACGAUUAGGCGAAUCCCUAUGAACAUAACAUUUAUACGACUGUUGAAAGCUCAAAAAUCGAUACAAGUACGCCUAGUUUAUGGAGUCACGUACUAUUAAUUAUUAUCACCAAUCAGUUGUCACUAUAUUUUCAAUAUAUCAUUUUCCAGAGAUCUUAGAAGCUUUAACUCAAAUGAGCCAGUGUAUAACUGUUCCUGUGACUUUUAUACGUUCAUUCAAGUACCGUACAACGUGUUAUUUGCCUUUGUCGAACAUUCCUCAGUCGGCGACUGUAAAAGACCUGUUCGAUCGCAUACAUCAUGAAGUAAAAAUCUCUUCGGUUAUACCUCCUCCUUUCAAGAACCUUUGUUACGAUGCGCUGAAAGUUCGCCACAAAGCUUUUAACACAAAGUCUGGAGAACUGUUAAUUGAUUUAGAAGGUGAUCCUAUUCCGAGCAAUUCGAACUUAACUCUAGAAUCUCUUGGAAUAGUGAAUGAAACUGAAGUGGCAGUGUUCAAAAUGAGCGAUUUUCUGGCUCAACGCGAUAAUCCAGAAUUUCUGUGGUGAGAAGCGAUAAUGUCACUAUGAAGCAACUGUUUGUAUAUAUAAUAUACUCCUUGAUUCGAUCAUAACGUUCUACUGCUAGUGUGUCUGGUACUGUUACUCCUGAAGAUCUACUUUUGAUUAUGAAGAUGAUAUCUAGUGGUUACGUGCUCUUAUGCUACAAAGUGAGAAUGAUAUCUUAACAGAUUAAUUUCAGGAUAUCUUUUUCAGUAUCAUAAAAAGCACAAUAUCGAUGAUACACUAGAAUAUUGGGAGAAGUUUAUGGAAUACAUCGGUGGG